GUGGUGUAACGUACCAAACAGUGCUACAAAUUUGUAAUAUUCCGAUAAAAUAGGCGCCACUGUCUUCGUGUAGGGCAGGAAAUGUACGCUACAAUAUUAGUUUUGCGAUUAUACACUGGCAUUUAAAUAUUACAGAACAUACAUAUCCUUGUCUAUUGAUUUGAUCGGUCUAGUGACGCAAAUUUAGCGCGCCGUCCGUGCUUAGCAUCUUUGCAAUCUACAACUGUGGUGUGGUGUCCACAAGUGGUUGGUAAAACUGGUGCAUUACUGUGCUAUUGUUCUACGUGUGUAAACAGUUCAUAUUACUGGUUAAAGCCGGAGUUUUUUAGCUAACCGCCACCACUCAACAAGUACAAUGUCUAGUACAUCACAAAAGCAUCGAAACUUCGUGGCUGAGCCCAUGGGGGAGAAGCCAGUUACAGAUCUAGCCGGCGUGGGGGAAGUCUUAGGGCGCAGGCUCGAAACUGCAGGAUUUGACAAGGUAAAGGCCUAUGUUGUACUCGGCCAGUUUUUGGUUCUGAAGAAGGAUAAAGAGCUGUUUCAAGAGUGGAUGAAAGAGACUUGCAGCGCUAACUCAAAGCAAUCUGCAGAUUGUUACCAGUGCUUACAAGAGUGGUGUGAUGAAUUUUUGUAAAUUGACCUUGACUUGGGAUGCUGGACUAAUAUUUUCUUACCUGUAAAUAAUUGGAAAGUAAGCAGUUAUGACUAAUCUAUGCAUUUUCGUAUGUGUUUGUUAAUAUGUAGUUUUUUAAUGGGAAUGAACAAAUUGUUACAGUACCUAACCAGAUAAGAACCAAUCUUAAUUAGUUGCACAUAUUCAAUAUGAUUGGUUCACCAGAAUGUAAAAAUAUAGUAUUUUUUUAUAUUAAUUUAACAAUAAUUAUAUUAAUAUUGAUAACAUUCAAUGAUUUAAUAAAUAUUGACAUCUCUUUUAAGUAUACAUUAACUAUUAAUUUUUUUUUAUUUAAAUAAAAACCUUAUGUUUGCA